AUGCGCGCGGUCCGCUUUCAUGGGGCGCGAGAUAUCCGCCUUGAUGAGAUUGAGGAACCCUCAUGCGGAGCCAAUCAAGUGAAGAUCCGACCAGCAUUUGUCGGAAUCUGUGGAAGUGACCUCUCUGAGUACUUAUCAGGACCGUCCGCCGUACCUAUCAACCCACAUCCAAUAACCGGAGAGAAGCUGCCUACAACCCUGGGCCAUGAGUUCAGUGGGACCAUCGAAGAGGUUGGGAAAGAUGUUGCCGAUCUCAAAGUUGGUGAGAAGGUCACUGUCAUGCCGAAUCUUUACGACGGGACCUGCGUAAGAUGCAAGUUGGGCAAAUUUCACCAGUGUCAGAGUCUAGGGUUUAUUGGCUAUAGUGCCCUUGUGGAGCCCCUGGCUGUUGCAUGGCAUGCAGUGAGUCAAAGCCCAAUACAGGAGAAAGUCGGAGAGAACGACAUGGCACUCCUCAUUGGGACGGGCCCCAUCGGCCUUGCAAUCGUGCAAGUCCUGAAGUCCAAAGGGGUCAAGACUAUCGUUGCAGCAGACAUCUCUCAAAAGCGGAGAGAGUCUGCAGGCUUCUUUGGUGCCACAAUGGCUCUAGAUCCUUCUGAAGUGGAUGUUGUUGCACAAGUUCGUGGUCUGACAAAUGAUGGUGGAGCCUCCGUUGCCUUCGAGUGCAGUGGAGUACAGCCAGGGCUCGAUUCAGCCAUCGCAGGGACCCGACCCGGCGGCACGACGGUCAUAGUGUCUAAAUGGGGCAAGAAAGCAACAUUCGAUGCUUUCGACGUUUUACUACACGAGAAACAUCUUGUCGGAGCAGUCGUGUAUGAAAAGAAGGACUUUGAGGCUGUCAUCCAUGCAAUUGAGACUGGGCAAAUCCAGCCGCGCCCAAUGAUUACUAGUAAGAUAGGAAUGGAUCAGAUUGUGGAUAGGGGCUUCGUAGCUCUGCUCGAGGAGGGCGACUUGCAUGUCAAGAUUCUCGUGGAAAUCGGACUUGGCAACUCCAUGAUUCCUGACAAGUUGCGGUCUCAUAUAUGA